AUGGACUCGGAUCAGGACUCCGUCGACGACUGGGUCGUCCUCGCCUCCUCCUCCUCCUCCUCGUCCUCCGACGACGGGCGCGUCAUCGCGCUCUCAUCCGGCUGCACCACCCCCAACUCCUCCGCCACCUCCUCCCGCGCGGGCUCCGGCACCAACUCCGACUCGGAGCCCGACCACGCCGCCACCGGAUCCACCAAGUUCCUCCUCGCCCACGCCGCGGCCGCCGCCGACCCCGACGACCCGGAGGGCAUGUACGCGCUGUCGGACGCCGAGGACACGCACGCGACCCCACCGCCAUCCCCGCCGCUGCCCAAGCCGCUCUCGGGCCUCUUCCACCACACGCUGGCCGGGGACGUGGCGUACGCCGCCUUCGACCCGGUCCCGCCCGCCCCCGCGCACGACCACUACGUCGGCAAGCAGCUGGUCCCGGACCCCACCUUCGCCGCCUUCUUCCCCCACGAGCCGGUGGCCGCGCUCGCCUCCACGCGGGGCCUCGUCUGCCUCCGCGGCGCCGUCUCCGCCGCCUACUACGUCGCCAACCCGGCCACCUUCGAGCACGAGCGCCUCCCGCGCCCCGCCCGCGACCACCGCGCCCACGGCGACCCCGCCGUCGUCAUCGCCUUCGACCUCGACCCCCGCGACGCCGACCCCGAGCGCACCGACGCCUUGGAGUACAAGCCGUUCUACCGCCACUACCACGUUGUCGUCGCGUUCCCCAUCGGGGACGGCAUCUACGCCUUCGAGUCCUUCUCGUCCAGGGCGUGGGCGUGGACCAUGGGCGCCGAUGUCGCCGACGCCGAGACCGUCGAGCCCGGCUCCGGGGUCGGCGUACUCGGCUGCGCGUUCUGGCGCACCUCCAUGGGCCCGUUCCUCUGCUACGAGCCCGUCUCGCGCUGCUCGGACCUCGUCCCGGCGCCCGCCGAGGUGAUGCAGUGGCCCUACUGGGAGCUCGGCGAGAUGGAGGGCACGCUCUGCGUCACGUGCAAGGACGCCCGCGUCAACGCCGUCGUCGUCGUCCGCUUAGACUUCGCGCGCCGCACCACCUUCGGCGCCAUCUCGUGGACUCUGGCUGGGCACUUCGAGGGCGGCUGCCUCAGGGGACGCCAGGACGUCAAGCUGCUCCGCUCGCAGGGCAAGGCGGAGGUCGUCAUGUGGGACCCCAGCUCCGAGACGGUGGUGGCCAUGGACAUCGAGGGCCGCACCACACGCACCAUCAGGUUCAUCCCUGGCAGCGCCUACUACGCCGAUUUCAUCCCCUACAUCAGGUCGUUGGCAGCCGUCUCUGGCUCCGGGUAA